AUGUCAACGAGACCAUGGGUGGAGAGGAUCCAAGCAAGUCAAGAUGGUGCUGAAGGCGAGGUGAGGAUUCAACCAGGCGUCAAGGGUGAGGAGGAGACUAGCGUCGAAGGCAUGGUGCCAACGGGCAGCGACGGCGGGGCGCUGUGUGCUAGCGAGGCUGAUCGCGAAAAGGAGGGCACACCGAAGAUAACAUGCUUGGACGUCAGUUGCAGGGGGCAAGCUUAG